AUGGCAUCGACAAGACGACACAAACCCCCCGUCUGUACGAAAGCGUACGCUUUGGCAGCGCUCCUGUGCUUGGAGUCCGUGGUGGUGAUCGCCGCGCUGGUCCUCUUCGGCGUCGCGUACCCCGACCGUUUCCGCUCGCGGCUGUGGAGGAACGGCGGGGAGGAGGGGUGGUGCUCGAACCCGAGGCUGCGGAUAUACUUCUACGCGAACCACGAGGAGCCUCCGGAGAUCCCGUUGAUAUGGAGUCAGAGACUCACGACAUCGAACACGGCGAUCUCGUUCCUCUCCCUCGCCGUGCUGUUCGCGCGCAUCACGAUGGCGGCGCUCGAGUACUCCGCAAGAUGUACGAAUGUGGCAUACGACGCCUUCCUCGCGGUCCUCUGGGCCUGUAGUGCGGCGGCGCAGAACGGGGCUGAUCUGAGUGAUCCAGCGCAUCUGAUGCCGAGGCCUUGGUACCUCGAUCGCAGCUGCGACGAGGCGUGGGUUGGGAACAAAGGAUGGUGUCAGCUUGCAAAAUGGGGGUUCGUCUGGGCGAUCAUCGCUGCGUAA